AUGCUUGCUCGCCGAUUGUCGCGCGCAAUCCGACACUCUACUGGCAAUGCUCUCCACGACGCUUGCAGGCUCUGCACCUGCACCUGCGGCCGCACAUUCUUCGCCCAGCCAGCAAUUGGGGACCGACGAGGGCGACGCUCUUCCACUUACUCGCGGACGUACCGGCAAAGGCUGAAGAAACUGCCGGGAGGGGAAGCAAUCGCAGCAGCCGACGAGCAGGCAAAAGCCCAGAAGGAAAAAUAUGAAAAUCUGGUGCGAGAUGGUCCGUCACAAUACAUCCAGAGCUGGCUGGAGUCACGCUCUGCACUUGGCCUUCUCGAUGCUUCGUUGGGUGGGGCAAUCAAAUUCGCCAACGCAUUCACGCGGCUCGCCGUUCCCGAACGUCCGGACCCGCAGAGCAAGUCCGAGGGUCUGGCGGUGGAUACCGUGGCUUUCGAACGCUUGCGUGAGGAGACUGGCAUGUCGGCGCUCGAUUGCGAGUACCUCGCGAGCGCCCUGGCCGACGUAAGACUCGAUGUGCCGGCCAAGAGGCUCAUGUAUACCCUGUCUGCGGUUGGCGUUGGCGCGGCCACGCUUCACAUUGUAGAGCAAUACCUGGUGGAAGCCAGGUAUCGCCCGAAUGUGCUUUCAAGGUCGGAGUUGGCGCCGGUUCGGCAGCAUCUUCGAGACAUGGCCGAUGGAAAAAUGCCGGGUCCAGGCGGCAGGCGCUUUGUUGCACAGGUAUGCGAAGGACGCGUGCUGGUGACCACGGGCGAUUAUCGCAACGCGAUCCGCCGCUGGGAAGCCGCAAUGCCCGAUGCAGUAGCCUACGCCAACGAAGACCUGGAACUCCGGAGCACAGAGAUGAACUCUGCGUUGCGCGCGAACUUGGCGCCCUGGAUUGAAAUGGCAAACGUGUGUAUGGCGCGCGGUGAUGCCGUAAAGGCACGCGAAGCGGUGGCAAUUGGCUGCCAAGUGGACGAUCCCAUUUCUCACUACGCCGCUGCGGUGCUCGAACGGAACACCGACGAAGGCCAGCACGUGGCCACCAGCGAUUGGCUCUACCACAUCACGAAAGCGGCCGCUUCCAUCUAUCCCAAAGCUACGCAUGCCUUGGGGCUGUGGUACGCCACCAGCCAAUGGAAAUACAUCGAAGACGAGCCGCCGGAUCACAUCAAGCCCACCCCCUUCGACUCUUACCCUGGCGAGAGCGACACCGACCGCUCUUCAGUUUUACAACGGCUUCUGACCGUCUUUGGACUGCGUGCGCCGGCAACCUCCAUUCCCACUCCCGAGAAGGAAAAGGAAGGCCUCUUCCUCACCGCGGCGUUUCCGAGCGACCCUUACGGCCGCUGGAAAAUGGGGAUGCAAUGGCUCGAUAUCAGCAUGAAGACGUCGUACGCGCCUUCGUAUCUCUUAGCCGCCGCCCUCUACUUGGAGAAGACUUUGUGGAUGCCUGCUACCGCUCCCAAAGCAGCGCUGGAGCUCGGCGACGACCGCUACACCUAUGCCUCGAAAGCCGACUACCAAACCGGCCGCAAGAUUGACAGGCCCACGGAGCCAAGCGACGAAUACGACGGACAAGAAGUCCCCAAUCCCGGCUACAAUCCGGAGAAAGCCAAAGAACUGAUCCGCGAAGUCUUCUACGCCGCCGGCUCGCUUGCGGUCGAGAAGCAUAUCGUCAAAGGCCCCGGCGUCCAAAAGGCCAAUUAUUCGGCAGACGCAAUGUUACACGACGACAACUUGCGCGACAUCCAAGAAAAUCACCGGAAAUGGUUCCGGCUGGCCGAGGUGCGCGACAUGUACGUCGACACAAAAAAAUGGAUCUGUGUCGAUGACGCGAUCGAGGACAAGCCGGUCGACAUUGCUUUGAAGGCGCAGCAGAUAUGCGACGAGCAAGGGUGGGAUAUUUACGAUUCGGAGGACCGGUUGUUGUACAAGUGCGGGAUAGGAGGGAAGGUGAAGAUGCCCAGAAUUCAAUGGGCUAGACCGAAGAGGCCUGGGUGGUGA